AUGGCUGACUCGCUAGCUUCCAGUGUCCAAGCCAUGGAUCUGGAUGUGCCUGAUGUCGACACGCUUAUCGAACGAUGCAAGACCCUGCAUGAAGAAGUAGAACAGUACGUCACAGCGGUUGAUGUCAGCCAAAAACAAGCCAAAAUACCCUACCAAGUGGAGUACCGCACCCUGCGGAGCGACUUCAAAAACGAACUUGGCUUUUUACAAAAACUGAAGAGCGCAAAUCAUCCCCCAGAAAAGGCUCGGCAUUACGCCGUAUCCUCCAAUUUGCUGUACUAUGAGGCGCUCUGGGCAGCGGCAAAACGAUCAUCAGGUUUACUUGCAUUCCGGAAAUACUUUUACUGGAAUCGACAAAGAGGACAAGCAAAGAAUGGAAUAAGCUUCUCCAAAGGCAGCGGGGUCAAGGGGAAAACUUCUGCGCUGGUCGAUAUUGUGGCUGCUGAUGGCAUGGAAUGGAUACGAGUGUCUACCACUUCGGAGAAGCGACUAUUAUUCGAUCUUGCCAAGCUAGGUUGGCAGAACGACUCCGAUUCCGAGAUGGAGGACGACGCUCCGACCAACUGGGAAGACGAAGACGAUGAAGACCAAGUCGAGAUUGUCAAGAGCGCUCGCGAACUUGCUCGCGCGGCCCGAGCAAAUCCGAUGCGUGGCCACGCACCAAAAGUGCGGUAUGUACUGACGCGACUAGCAUCUGGAAAGCUGAAAGAGGUGGACAUGAUCUUGGAUAAAAUGAGAGCGGUCGGCAUGACAGUCCAAUGCGCGAACGAUAUACCAGAGACACCAUCGGUCGAAGAAGCACUUCCAAACCUGCUGGUUGAUAGAUCAAGGACGCUUUCAAACACACUCAACAUCGACUGCACUAUCCUCCUGGCACUGAUAUCAGACAUCUCACACGGUGAAUGCGAGAUACUAGACUGGUAUCCCGGCGAAGUGCGCGCUCAAAUCCUCGAAGAGCGAAAAGAGAAGCUCCUCCCAACGCACCUCUACCCAGCCAUCGCCUCCCACCCCAUGGUAACCACCCAAGAAGCCGCCGACCAAAUGAACCUCAUCGUCGACACGCUCGCCACUGACGCCGAGAAACGCCGCGCAAAUCUUCUGCUAGCGCAACGAGAUCGCGUCGGCUUCUCCUCCGCCGACCUUUUGAAAGAGUGGCAGGAAUUAUCAGACCACGCCUCCCCACCAAACUUCCAGCUCCCUAUUAUCGUCGCCCCUGCCGCCAUACCUUCCCGCGUUGACACGCUUCCUGCGGCUGCGAAGAAAAUGGCGUCUGAGCUGGGGCCGUUGAACACGGCGAUCUUCUUCUACGGGUGGGCGGAGGGACUGACGACGCUGAGCAGCAAUCGCGCAAGGGCGAAGCAGAUUGAGAGGUUCAUAAAUGACGUGGGACUGAAAGAUGGGGAGGCUGGGCCGCAUGUUUGGCUGUGUGGGGAGAGUAGGAGUUUGAUUGCUAAGUGUGGGAGGAGGAAGUAG